AUGGCUAAGCACCUUCCUGCACUGUUUGCAAUUGUGAGCGUACUCGGGAACUUGGCCGCACUGGAGAUCGACAAGUCCGACGGUGGCUACAAAGACGUGCUGGUUUCCAUCCAUGCUGACGUCCAGCCAGAUGAGGCUAUCUUGGAUAACCUCAAGGUUCUGCUACGGGCUUCGUCUGAAUUCCUCCACCGCGCCACCAAUGGACGAGUGUAUUUCCGACACGUGAUCAUCGACAUCCCAGAGACGUGGCCUAAAAGAAGCGUCGCCCGGAGCGUGUCGUCAGAGUUUUCCACUUGGAGCGACGUUCGCAUCAAGAAUCCCAUACGAACUGUUGACUUACCUGUCUUCGCGAAGACAUCGAGGCGCUGCGGUCAGCGGGGAGACUUUAUCCAGCUGUCGUCCAGCUUUCUCGCAAACCUCAACUCGUCAACUACUGAGACCUACGAGAGCGCAGCGUAUGCCUUCGUGCACGCAUGGGCGCAAUUCAGGUACGGCGUCUUCGAAGAGUACGGCAGUAUCCAUGACGACGACAAUCCUUUGACCUAUUGCGAGCUUGACGGAAAGGUCGGUGAUAAUCUUUUGACGUAA